GGGGCUGCCCGCGCCCGGUCGAUACACUCCCGUUCGGUAGGUUGCCGUGCGAAGAGGUACAUUUCUCCCCGAGGUCUCCGUCGCUGCUGACGCUGAUUGCCAGUCGUCGUGGUCGUCGCGGUCGUCGUCCUCACGUCAUCUCUACGGCCCCGACGGACAGCGACGGACGCACCGGGGCGAUGGGCCGUAUCUCCUUGUAGCCCACCUCAGCACCAGCCGACGACGACGAAGAAGCCACCGCCAGCGGUGUACAAAGGAUGGCCGGUCUCAAGGAAUGGCUGUUGGUUUUUUUGUCCAUGCAUUUUGCUCAUUACUGUUGCACACGGAUUGACGAUGAUGCCUGUAUUUACACUGGAAACUCUCAACACAGGUGUCAACCGAAAGUCAAUUACAGGCACAAAGAAAAAGAGGUCUUGGACCAAAUCUUAGGUCCCGGAAGCUACGACGCUAGGAUCCGUCCUUCGGGAGUGAACGGCACAGGCGACUCUCCCUGCAUUGUGUUUGUCAACAUGUUGGUACGGUCCAUCAGCAGAAUUGAUGAUUACAAAAUGGAGUAUAGCGUGCAACUGACGUUCCGCGAACAAUGGAUGGACGAGAGGCUGAAAUUUAACGAUUACAACGGUAAAAUGAAAUACCUAACUCUGACCGAAGCCAGCAGAGUAUGGAUGCCCGAUUUGUUCUUCUCCAACGAGAAGGAAGGCCAUUUUCACAACAUAAUCAUGCCGAACGUGUACAUCAGGAUAUUCCCGAACGGACUGGUGCUGUACAGCAUAAGGAUAUCACUCACUCUGUCGUGUCCGAUGAAUCUGAAAUUAUAUCCGCUCGACCGUCAAACGUGCUCGCUCCGAAUGGUCAGUUACGGUUGGACCACCGACGAUUUGGUAUUCUUGUGGAAAGAAGGCGAUCCCGUGCAAGUGGUGAAAAACUUGCACUUGCCAAGAUUCACUUUAGAAAAAUUCCUCACGGAUUACUGCAACAGCAAAACCAACACAGGCGAGUACAGCUGCCUGAAGGUGGACCUGCUGUUCAAGCGCGAGUUCAGCUACUACCUGAUCCAGAUCUACAUCCCGUGCUGCAUGCUGGUCAUCGUGUCGUGGGUGUCGUUCUGGCUGGACCAGAGCGCGGUGCCGGCGCGCGUCUCGCUGGGCGUCACCACGCUGCUGACGAUGGCCACGCAGACGUCCGGCAUCAACGCGUCGCUGCCGCCCGUGUCCUACACCAAGGCCAUCGACGUGUGGACGGGCGUGUGCCUGACGUUCGUGUUCGGCGCGCUGCUCGAGUUCGCGCUGGUCAACUACGCGUCCCGGUCCGACACGCACCGCGACGACAUGAGCAAGAAGUGCGACCUGGAGCGCAGCGUGUCGCUGGACGUCGGCGACUACGAGGACGGCCCGAACUCGUUCAAUAUGGUGAGGUCGAAUAGUACGAAACCGCUGAUGCGUCCCGAGUUGAUGAUGUCUAGGGACAAGAUGAGCCAGAUCAUCCAUCAGACGCCGCCGAUGGAGCAGAACUCGUGUUGGAAGUCGUGGAUGUCCAAGUUCCCUACUCGGUCCAAGCGCAUCGACGUCAUAUCCCGCAUACUGUUCCCGAUGGUGUUCGCCAUGUUCAACAUGUCCUACUGGUCCACGUAUCUGUUCCGCGAGGGCGUGGACGAAGACAAAUAAUAUCGUCGUCGUCGUCCCAUGUCCAGUGAAGUUAUAGAGUGUCUCUGUAACCCCUGUGAUAAUACGAUCGCGUGUUUAUUGUGUUUCGUACGAUUGCAUUACGUACUCCGACGUUCGUUCGGGGUGUUUUUUUUUUUAUGUUUCUUCGAUUCGUCAUUAUUAUUAUUUGUCGUUCUGUUUUUUUUUUUUAUCUUUUCCGUUCGUUGGCAUUCAUUUUUUUUCAUUACAUAGAACUAUAUUUUACGCAGAAGUGUACAAUGUUGUACAUGACAUUUAUUAUAAAUCUUCAUUUGACACGAAAUAUGUGUUUACCGUAAU